AUGUCCAAGAGCCAAAAGAGCGAAAAGGACUCAAAACACUCGUUAAAGCUUCCGACCACAUCUCGUCGCCUGUCGUCCGUUUCGCCCGCUCCUUCGGGGUCCAAAUCCGCCACACCUGCCGCUCAACUCCGAGUAAAGGUCGAUCGUCCGUCGCCGUCUGCUUCUGCAAAGACUCCGCUGUUGCGUACAUCUUCGACUGCUUUACGUAGUCAGGCAACUACCCGUUCCGUCCAUGCUAAAUUUAGCAAAACCCGUGCGAUGGCUCUCAACAACUUCGUCGCCGUCUCUGACAGACUGGUGCAAUUCGAGAGUCGGGUCAGAGGGCCUGCAGCCGAAGAUGACAAUGUACACACGUACGAAAUCCGUCGUGACCGGCUGCAAGUCCUCUGGGACAAUGUCGAAGCCGCUUAUUCCACAUGCGCUGAUGCGCUGCAUCAAGACGGCGACAGUGAAGGCACACAGGCAAUGGAGGCAAAAUACGAUCACUGCUAUGCAGUGUACGAGCGGUGUCUCGCCCGUGUUAAGGGGCAAAUUACCCAGGUUUCCGGGUCCAGCAGGAGUGAAGCAUCCGUUCCUCCUGUAUACUCCAGUGGCUGCCGGCUCCCUCCAGUCGACACCGAAGUGUUCCGUGGGGAUUACUUGCGGUGGCCGACUUUCCGUGACCUUUUCACGGCCAUCUAUGUCAACAAUCCAAGGUUGACUCCGGUUGAGAAACUUUUCCAUUUGAAUUCGAAGACCGCAGAUGAGGCCAAUGAAAUAGUAGCCAAAUUUCCGCUGACGAACGAUGGUUUCGCGUCGGCUUGGGGUGCUCUCUGCGAACGUUUUGAGAACAAGCGCUUGUUAAUAACAAUCCAAUUGAAGAUCCUGUUUAACCUGUCCAUGGUUACCCAAGAGUCGGGAGCAGCUAUCAAGGAGCUGCAGAGCACGAUUCAGCGUUGCUUGACCGCUCUUGAGCAUUCAGACAUUUCCGUCUGUAGCCCGUUCGCAGAUUGCAUCCUCGUUUUCCUCUGCUCGUCCAAACUCCCCAAGCUCACACUCUCGUUAUGGGAGCAAUCGUUGGUGGACAAAGCGAAAAUUCCCGCAUGGCAGGAUAUGAGCACGUUCCUCAAUGAGCGCUACCGUACGCUCGAAGCGAUUGAGGACGUGAAACAGACUGCCAACUCACAGAUCGCGACUGCAGGACCAUCCCGUCCGCAGAAUUCGAAGCGAGUCAACUCCUUUGAGGCCCGAGUCACUCCGAAAGGCAAAUCGUGUGACUUGUGCUCAAAGGAGAAUCACCCUGUCCGGGUGUGUCCGCGUUUUUUGCAAAUGUCGGUCAACGAGAGAAUGACAUACAUCAAACAGAAAGGUCUCUGUUUAAACUGUUUCGCAAGAGGUCACCAACUCCGAGAGUGUACGAGUGCGCACAAUUGCUUUACAUGCAAAGGGCGGCACAACACUCUUCUCCACCGGGGUGACACUGCCCACAAUGGUGCCUCUUCAUCGUCCAAUAUACAGUCCACUCCAAAUCCAACGGCAACAAAUGUGCAGAAUUUCUUUGCCAAUAAUGCUCAGAAUGUCCUUCUUGGCACGGCGGUCAUCAAUGUUUGCCACUUGGGCACUACAUAUACCGCACGUGCGCUACUUGAUUCCGGGUCCGAAGCGACCUUCAUUUCUGAGCGUUUGUUCCAACGCAUUAAGUUGCCUUUCCAGUCCGUGCGAGCCCAGGUAUCCGGGCUAAAUCACGCAGUUGCGGCCCAAUCGCAGAAGUUAUGUCACUUCAGCAUUGGUUCUCCGACGAAGCCGAGGCUCCAUAUCGAGACUUCGGCAUUCGUAAUUCCACAGUUGGCAGGCAAACUGCGCUCCUUCGAUAUGCCGCGAACUUUCCUAAAGGAUCUACCAGCGAUAGAACUGGCAGAUCCACACUUCUACAAGAGCGCUCAGAUCGAUAUUCUAAUUGGCGCGGAUAUCCUUCCGUCGGUCAUCUUGAGCGGCUCCCGGCCAAACAUUUGUGGCUCACUCCUUGGGCAGGAAACCGUGUUUGGCUGGAUUCUUACCGGCUCCGUCUCCCAGAGUAUGUCGACAACUGUUUCUGCGUUCUCGACAAGAGUCGCCAUCCAAGCAGAAGAACAGCUCGACAGCCUACUUUCCAAAUUUUGGGAGGUGGAGGAUAUUCCAGCGAAGCUGAUAAAGGAGUCAGACUUCGUUUGCGAAGAAAACUUCGUUAAGACUACUUCUCGUAGCAAAUGUGGCAGAUAUCGGGUGACUCUUCCAUUCCGGAAGCCCGAUGGCAUUGAACGGGGUCAUUCCAGAUCUAUAGCGCUGGCUCAAUUCCUCAAGAACGAGAAUCGUUUGUCAAGAAACGACUCUCUAAAGGAACAGUACAAUGCCGUUCUCCAGGAGUACGUGGACUUAGGUCAUAUGACACCCAUAUCGCCUCAGGCGAUUGUCACGACUCCUAAUUUCUACCUGCCUCACCACGCCGUGUUCAAACCAGAUAGCACCACAACGAAGGUGCGGGUCGUUUUCAACGCAUCUUGUCCAUCAUCAAAUGGCAAGAGUCUGAAUUAUAUCCUUCAUUCAGGGCCCAUUCUCCAAUCGGAUCUCACGUUGCAGAUCCUCAGAUGGCGAUACUAUCGAUAUGUGUUCAAUGCGGACAUAACGAAAAUGUAUCGCCAAAUCCUCAUGGACUCAAAGCACACACCGUUCCAACGAAUUCUGUUUCGCACGUCAGACGGUGAGAUCCGUGACUUUGAGUUGAACACAGUGACAUUCGGUGUGCGCCUUUCCUGGCUCUACGAGUCCUCCAGCAACUUGCUGAUGACAUACGCUUGGACGAGGACACACACAAGAGAAGAGGCCAUCCGGACCAUUGCGGAAGUGUGUGCAGCCCUGGACAGCGCUGUCUUCCCGCUGAGGAAAUCGACGUCGAACCAUAAGAGCGUGCUGAAGGACAUUCCAAAGGACCAUCUACUUCGAGAAGAUUUCCUCGAACUCGAAGACUCCAGUACGGCGAAAACUCUGGGCAUCAGGUGGCAAGCUCACGAUGACGAGUUCUUCUUCAUGCCACCAGAAGUUGCCCAUCAGGAUUCCUACACGAAGAGGGAAGUGCUUUCGCAAAUCGCUAAGCUUUUCGACCCAGCCGGGUGGCUGGACCCUUUCGUUAUCCGAGCCAAGAUCUUCAUUCAAGGAACACGAGUGAAGCUCCAGUACCACGGAUUCUGUGAUGCGACAGAAAGGGCGUAUGGAGCGGCGAUCUAUGUCCGUGUGGAGACGGCGAACAAGGUUUCCACACAUCUCCUUACUGCGAAGACAAUAGUGGCUCCUGUCAAGUCUCUCUCAGUGCCACGUUUGGAGCUUUGUGGCGCAGUCCUGUUGGCUGAGUUAUCUGCAACCCUCCUCCUGAAUCUGCCAGCAGAAAGUUUCCAGACUUUCUUUUGGACUGAUUCAACAAUUGUUCUCGCCUGGUUGAACAAGCCACCCUGCAGAUGGACAACCUUUGUGGCCAAUCGUGUGGCCAUAAUCGUCCAAGCCAGCGACGCCAAGAACUGGUCGCAUGUGCGAUCCGAGCACAAUCCGGCAGAUCUCGCAAGCCGUGGUGUCCUACCACAAGAAUUGAUUCGUAAUCCUUUGUGGCCAGCAUCUCCAAGUCCCAUUCCGGAGACUCUGCUGGAGCAGCGGAUUAAGUGCAGCGUCGCUAAGUUACCUCCGACUCCCUACUUCCUGAGCAAGUUCUCUGAGUUUGGCAGGGCACUGCGCACGUCUGCCUAUGUUCUCCGAUUCAUCGACAGGAGUCGGAAGUUGGCAGUUCCAAGCUCUACCGUGGUCCAGGCGGAUGAGCUGUCACGGAUCCAAGAGCGGCUAAUCGUCAUGGCUCAAUGA